AUGGCUCCUCUGGUUGGGGACCCUGGGAUUGCUGUUGAUUUUCUCAUCAAACUUUCUCAGAGCUGUGCCAGGUGCCUCAGAGCCCCGUACUGUGUGCUGCGGAGCUUGAAGCUGAGCUUCUGAUCAGUGCUGGUCUCUGGGAUUAGUCUUCAGGGAGAACUGGAGCUGUGGGAUGAAAGCCAAACUGAGCUUUUCUUGUACACCCACAGCCAGCAGAAGUCCUAGAAGAGCUACAAGGCAGAAUGUGACAAAGACCUGCUAAUCCCUCUGCAGCUGCUGAAGAUGCCAGAGGGCCCCUCAGUGAGGAAGUUCCAGCUGCUGACCUCCCCUUUUGUGGGACAAGUGGUGGUCAAGGUGGGGGGAAGCAGCCAGAAGCUCAAUGUCAAUGACCUGAAUGCCCUGAGGCUCCAGGACUCCCAGGUUCAUGGGAAGAACUUAUACCUGGCAUUUGUGGCAGCUGAAGAGACAGAGACAGAAGAGACAGCGCUGCAAAGACAGGCUGCUUGUGGGGCACACUGUCCUGCCCAGGGACAUCAAGGACAGGUUGGUGCUUCACAGCCCCAUUCCCAGGAUGAGGAGAUGCAGGAACCCCAGCACUCAAGACCUGAAGAAGCCCCAGAGGCAGCAGAGGGUCGGGGCAAUUGGCUGCGCAUCCACUUUGGCAUGUUCGGCAGCGUCCGGGCAAACGAGUUCUCGAGGGCAAACAGAGCCAAUAAAAGGGGGGACUGGAAGGAUCCUGUGCCCAGGCUGGUUCUGCACUUUGAGAGUGGAGGCUUCCUUGUUUUCUACAACUGCCGGAUGCUCUGGUGCUCCUCUCCGAGGGCUGACCCUGCUUCUGACAUCCUGUCUGUGGAAUUCCACCGUGGCCGGGCGCUGCAUGCCCUCCGUGCACCCGAUCCAGUCUGCUACACCCUCCUAGACCAAAGAUACUUUUCAGGGCUGGGGAACAUCAUUAAGAAUGAGAUCUUGUACCUGGCCAGUAUCCACCCGUUAACACCAGGCUCCCUCUUGGCUCUCUCAGAUCUGGAGCGUCUGCUGGACUGUGCCGUUCAGUUCAGCUCUGAGUGGCUGCACAACAAACUGAGUGGCCAAGGGCUGCACCCCCAGGUGUACCAGAAGGAGCAGUGUCCCCUGGGGCAUCCCCUGAUGAAGGGCAUUUUUGGACCCUCGGGUGGCUUCAAGAGACUGACGUGGUGGUGCCCUCAGUGCCAGCCUGCAGUGCUCCCAGGGGAUGGGCAUCCUUCCCCAGUCACUGAGUGA